UAUAAUUUUUGAGUUGUCAUAUUUGUCUGAAAGUGAAAUGAUGAAAAAUCAAAUAAACAUUGUGGUUGUACAAUUAUUAUUCAUAGUGGAUAUUUGUUUCGGAAGUGUUUUUGAAAGUCAUGAAAAUGGUAUUUCUUUGGGUGAAAUUUCCCUUGAGAAAUAUUCUCAUCAUUUACCCGCAAUCACCCUAGAACAUUCAGAGCAUGAAAUUGAGAUAGAAAAUUGGCCAGUUGCUUCUUUUGGAUUAAAAGAAAUAUCAAAUGUACCAUGGGACUAUAAAAUUAAAAUACCCAAGAAAAAUCAAGAUAGAGUUAUUCCCGUCGUUGAGGAAAUUGGUGAACCACUUGUUGAGGAAGUACCAAUUAAAAUAACAAAUCCAAUUGUUAAAACAGUGGCUCAACCUUAUCCAAUAUUUGUACCUGUCAUUCAGCCAAUUCCCUACAAAAUAAUUAAAACUGUUUACAAUAAAGUUGAAAAAAAAAUACCAACACCAAUUGAAAAAAUAAUUCCAAUUCCAAUUGUAAAAAAUGUUCCAUACACAGUUCAGAGAAAUAUACCCGUCAAUGUAAUCAAACACGUGCCAAUAAAACUACCCACAUACAAAACUAUCAUUCACAAAAGCUAUUGAAUUAAUUUUUUAUAUAAAAAAUUAUUCUAAAAAUAAUUUAAUGAUCAAGACAUGUUGUAAUCAAGUUUCUGGUUAUUAAAAAAAUUAUUUUUUUAAAAAUGUAUA